AUGGGAGGCAAAAGGAUAGCUAUUGUCGCAUGGUCCCGUCGCCACGCUCUUUCCAAGGCGCGUCACAUACAACUUCCACUCAUGGGCAUGGAAGAGAAGACGGAGAGGGUGUUGGCUUUCAUCACCCCACACCAGAUGCGCGUGCACAUGGGCGAUGCAUGCAAAGAAACACCGCCACCACCUCCUAUCUUUCUUUAUGUCAUUGAUCCCUAUGAGUAUGGGUCAGGUUCGCACGUGCAGCUAAGUUUUACAAUGAUUGUGACUGCACCCUGCAGCAGAACCUCCCAGUUAGGGUUAAAAAGGGUUUUGCCUAUGUUGCACGAGGAACCAAGUGAAGAAAAGAUAUAUAUGGCACGAGUGAAAUGA